CUAUAUCCAGCGCAGGCUUCGUCUUCUUCGCCAUUCUCUUUUCAGAAAUCAGAAACCCUAACUCUUUCUCCUCUUCAAUCCCUCUGAAUUUUCUUCCUUUUUCUCACAAGUCUUCUCACCAAAUCUCAUCAAUUUCAAGAGGAAGGAUGCCAAGGUGCAAGAACGCUUCCUCGGGUCAAGAAACCGCAGCAGAGGAGAAUGAGAGGCCAUGGCGUCGUGAAGGGAGCAAGUACAUUCACAUUCAAACGGGUCUCGCCUUCAACACUGGAGCUUCAGUCGAGAGGUUCCAAAACAUCUUCCUCACGAAGGAGAUCGUCGCUCCCAAGAUCAUGAACAAGGACCUCUUCAAAUCGGCGACCUAUGCCCCGA